AUGGAAUCUAGUUUAAUAGAUGAUAACUAUAUCUCUUCCUCAAAUGAUGAUAUUCGUGUUGUGAUAGGAUUUGAUUUUGGAACUACAUACUCGGGUUUUGCCUAUUGCCAUACAAAAACUAAAGAAAUCAUUACCAACGAAACUUGGCCUGGAUUAAAGGGCCAUCUAAAAACUCCGACAGUUAUUAAAUAUACUGAUGAUAAUUAUGAUUCGGUUAAAUUAUGGGGAUAUCCUGCGCUAGCUCAGAGACCUAAAAAGAAAAAGGAUGAUAAUGUUGACACUAAAUCUAUCGAGCAUUUUAAGCUAUGUUUGAGCGAUUUACCUGAUAAGCUUAAACCAUCGCUUCCAAUUCCUGAAACGAGAGUCAUUACUGACUAUUUUCGAGAAAUAGGCAAUUUAAUGAAAGAGACGGUUGAAAGGACAUGGCCAUUUGUAGAUUUUUUAAACCAAGUUUUACUUGUUCUUACUGUUCCGGCUGGUUUCUCUGAAAAGACGAAGAGGAUCAUGAAGGAAUGCAUGUAUAAUGCUGGCUUAAUUAAAAGCCAAGAUACGGAAACCGUCCAGUUUACUACAGAACCAGAAGCAGCUGCCAUUUAUUGCAUGAAACAUUGUCUAAAAGAACAAUCUCUUACAUCUGAUGAUACAAUCUUCAUGAUAGUGGAUUGCGGUGGUGGCACUGUCGAUUUAACGACUAGAAAAUUAUUAGCAGGCGGCCAGUUAGGAGAGGUUACCGAAAGGGCUGGCGAUUUUUGUGGAAGUACUUUUAUUGACAGAAAUUUUCUCGAAUUGAUGGAUUCAAUUGCUGGAAAGUCAGCUAUGAAAAAACUUAAUGACAAUAAUUAUGGCGAAUUACAAUAUCUUGUUAAAGAAUUUUGUGAACAGAUCAAGUUACAGUUUACGGGUGAUGAUCCCGAUUUUCAUUACGAAAUUGACCUUGAAAGCACAUGCCCUGCUUUAAAAAAAUACGUGACCGGAAAUGAAUUAAAAGAGUUAGAAAAAAAUAUGUGGGAAAUUGAUAUUACAUUUGAUUCUAUCAAAGCCAUGUUCGACCCAAUCAUUGAUAGAAUUAUUCGAAUGAUUCAAGCUCAACUUGAAAACGCUCUAAAUUCUAGUUUUGGUGUAGCUCGAAUUAGAAAGCCUCGUCAUUCGAUCCUUGCCAAUAAGUGCUCAGCAAUAUUUUUGGUUGGAGGAUUUGGUCAAUCAAAGUAUUUGUUUAAUAGAAUUAAAAAAGAGUUCUCAGAUAAAGUCGAGAAUAUUUCUGUACCAACUCAACCUGCCGCUGCAAUAUGUAGGGGCUCAACCAUGUAUGGCCUUAGCAUGAAUAGUGCUAAUAUUGAUCCGGAUUUAGCAACCGCAAAAUUUGUCAUCGGUACUCGAGUAUUGAAAUACACGUAUGGUGUUAGAGUUUGUGGUGUAUGGACUAAAGAUGAUCCGCCACAUCGAAAACUUCGUAACGGAAGAAUCCAUAAAUUUAACCGUCUAGCAAAACGAGGUGUUGAAGUUAAAAUUGACCAAGAAUUCACUGGAACGUAUUUACCAGUUGAACCAGAUAGUAAUAGUCUAGUUUUUUAUAUUUUUAUCACUGAGAAUAGUGAUGGUAAAUACUGUGAUGAAGAUGGAAUGAAAUUAUUGGGAUCACUUAGAAUUGAUCUUCCUGAUCUUCAUCUUGGGACUGAACGACCUGUUCAGUUCUCUUUGACGUUUG